UAUUAAAUGCUCUCAUUCGCGGUCAAUAUUUUUCAGUUAUCAUUUUACCGUUUAGCUUGAAAGAUCUUUACAUCGAAAUGGUUGCCCUCAAUAUUUUAAAUUUAAAUGACGACUGUCUUUAUCAUAUAUUAAAGUAUCCAAGCAUCAACGACCUCAUAAAUCUAGCCGAUACUUCUACAAGGUUUCGACAGAUUUUGUUGAGUAGGCAGCCUGACUUUUAUCCAGUUUUCCAUGGAAAGCCAGUGUUAUAUUACUCAACGGUGGCCAUUAAACUCAUGAGAAUCGUAUCAAAAAACGAGAAAACUCUGGAGGUGAUACAAGGACAUGAUUAUGAUACGGAGGAUCUUGAUAACGAAGUGCGAGGUUUUCAAUUUCUUACAAAAGCUAAAAACAAAAUAGAAUUGCGACAUUGCCUUGGAGAAAUACCCAGACGUGAGGAUCUGUAUCUUUUUCCCUGCUUUAAUCGAGACUAUUUGAGUGUAAAUAUACCUUCUUGUAUUUGUUACCUUGAGGAGUUUUUUCACCUUAUGUCCGAUUUGCGGGAGCUCCGAAUUUCCGGAUUCGCCAAGUGUUCAGAUUGUAUUCGACUUAUACUGAAAUGCUUUCCUAAGCUGGAUGAACUCUGGAUCCGUGGAAACUGCCUCAAACUUCCAUCUGACUACGAAUUGAUAUCACAGAUGGGCUCUUUAACGAAAUUCUCAGUUUACGUUGGUGGACCCAAUUGCCUACCACCGUUGGCCAAUUUAAAUGAACUUCGGACUCUAUAUGUGGAGAGAAUAUUCUACAUAUCCCCAACAAAAAUUAUAGAUGAUAUAAUUAUUUUUAACAGUCCAUUUUUAUACAUUACCUUUUCUUAA